AUGAAUAUUGAUAGUAAAUCUAAGCAAGAUGAGGGACUUACAAUAAAGAGUGGCAAAAUUGAUGAUAAUGAACAAAAUCCCGAAGACAAAGUUACUUCUGCCAAAAUAACUACGCAAGAAGAUGGAACAGACAAUAAAGAGUCUGGCAAAAGUAGUUGUAAACUGGCAAUUAAAAAGGAAAUGUGCAUUAAAAAUGAACAAUCUGGUGAAAGUAGUACUAAUAAUUCAUUUGAAGACGAAAUGGGUAUGAACUAUAGUACAUUUGAUUCAGACGACCGUCAUCAGCCAACUAAUACCGAAGAGAGACAUACAGAUGAAAUGUGGUUGGGUAACUUUGAAACAUUGGAAAAUACUGUUAAUAGUAGAAAACGUUACCAAAAUCAAGACGAGGGUUUGGACGACAGUGAAAAAUAUAUUUUGAAGAAAAUUAAAAUUGAAGAUACUGGUACUGAUUGGUUUGAUGAUAUGUGGACAUUUCAUCUUAAAUAUAACUCUUCAAAUUUCGGAGAAUGGGUAAACAUAUUAUGUAUGGUCGAUGAAAACAAUAUUGAAGUAAACGCAAGAAUAGCUUACACUAAAUUUUUAGAACUGUAUCCACUUUGUUACGGUUAUUGGAAGAAAUAUGCCAAUUUUGAAAAAAGAAAUAAUAACAUGGAUAAGUUUGAAAAAGUCUUAGAAGAUGGUUUAAUUGCUAUACCUAUAAGUGUUGAUUUGUGGAUUUAUUACAUGACAUAUCUGAAAACCGAACGUCCUGCUGAAGUGGUCCAUAUUCGUAAUGAGUUCGAAAGAAGUUUGAAUUUGUGUGGACUUGAUUAUCAUUCUGAUCAGUUAUGGCAUGAUUACAUUUCAUGGGAAGUGGAGAUAAAUGAACUAUAUAAUGCAGCUCAGUUAUACUACCGUUUGAUCUCUACACCAACUUCAAACUAUUUAAACAAUUUCUUCAAAUUUCAAGAAUUUAUAUUCACAAAAUUACCUGGAGAAUAUUUAGAGCGUGAAGAAUAUACCAAAAGACGAAAUAUAAUAAUUCGAUCAUUGGAAACAACCCAUAAUAAUAUAGAGUCAUCGAAUUAUGAAUCAAUACCACCCGGUGAAGAUUUUUACCAGAAAACUGAAUUUACCGAAGAUAAUAUAAUGUUCUUAUUAAGGGUUGGAAUUAUCAAUGAUUGGCAAGAUAGUCACAAGAAAACUGGUAAACAAUUUGAAAGUAGGAAGAUAUUUGAGGAAAAUAUACGAAGACCUCACUUUCAUGUAAAUGAGUUGGAUUCUGCUCAGAUUGAAAAUUGGGAUAACUAUAUAAAGUUCGAGAGAAGAGAGUCCGGAGGAAAUCAUGAAAGGAUAGUACACCUCUAUGAAAGGUGCUUGAUAACGUGUGUUUAUUACGAAGAAUUUUGGUUAAAUUAUUUGGAAUAUUUGUCUAUUGUAAAACAUAUUGAUGUUGCUGAUUUAUUAACUGAUGUAUUUGGAAGAUCAUUAUGCUACCAUCCAAAGUCACUCCAGUUGAAUUUGAAAUAUAUUGAUUUUUGCGAGACCCAAGGUUUGGAAAAUAUUGCUGAUGAGACGAUAAGACAAUUAGAGGUCGAUCAUCCAGAUUCAAUGGAAGUUUCUAUUAAAAAUAUUAAUUUAGCUAGAAAAUAUGGUACCCUAGGGACUGUAUAUAAACAUUAUUUAAAUUCUUCUCAAUCAAAGUCUUUCUCCAGUUACAUCGCAGUGAGAUAUGCACGUUUUGUUUGGAAACACGAUCGUCAAUUAAACCUCGCGUAUGAUAUUGUAUGUGAUACAAUAAGAAAUAAAGAUGUCAGUGUAGACGACAGCCUUGAGAUUUACACAACAUUAGUUGAACUGGAAAUGGAAUUAAAUCCCAAAGAUCAUGUAUUAAAUACAAUUGAUGAUUUAAUAUACAUCGGUUGA